UUACGGCGGAAGCGGCUCUUCCACAUGGCUCCCUGAAGCGGUGGUUCGGUGUCACUGACUCUCAUUCGCCAGAAUUCACCACGAACCAACGACAGACGACACAAAACCACGACAGACACGUGUGGAAAUGGGUAAAAGUAAAACCACAAAGUUUAAACGUCCGCAGUUCAAUUCGGUGGGGCUGCCGGUGAACGCCGUGAAGGAGGAGGACCCUGCCGCUGAAGAGCACGACGAAGACGACUGUCCAGCUGCGGAGCUGUUGGAGAAAUUGCAGAGUCCCAGUGCAGAUGUUCGUGAGUUUGCGUGCGCCAGUAUUUCCCGGGUGGUUCAGCAGAGCCAGAGCAUCCCUGGUUUCCUCCAAAGGGGAGCAGUGAAACGUCUGGGCCCCAUGCUGCUGGACGGCAGCCUGGCUGUCAGAGAGACUGCCACCGGGGCGCUCAGAAAUCUGAGUGCAUGUGGGGGUCAGGAGGUGUGCGAGGACAUGGUGAAGCAUGAUGUCAUGACUCCUCUGACGGCGCUGCUUAGAGAGUGUUGUGCUGGUUUUGACAGUGCUGUUGUGAAAAUGAAAGACCAGAAAAAUCCUGUGGAGGAUGUAGCCAAUGAGGCCGUAAACCUGCUGUGGAAUCUCUGUGAGAACAGCAGCCAGGCGCUGUCUAUGUUCAACAGAUCAGGUCUCUUGGACGUGGUUGUUCAGUGUCUAGAGAGACACACUCACAAUGUGGACCUGGCCAUAUCUGCAGCCCACUGUUUGCACACUGUGACUGAGGACAACCCAGAACUGCUGCGCAGUUUGAACACUGCUGUGCUGGGAGCCCUGGAGAAUGUGCUGCUGUCAUCCCAGCCCAGCAUGGCACACACUCUCCUCAGGACUUUAGCUGCAG